AUGUCGAAAAUAACCCCCAAGAACCUCCACUACGACGACACUCUCCCACCUUUCCUAGCCCGCCUGCGAGCAAACAAUGCCUCUUCGGACGGUCGACACGAAUACCACGUCGCACGACCCAAGAAAGCGCGGAAUGCCGAGGAGGAGGCCGAGGAUGAGCCAGUGUACUUCGACGAGGGAACUGGGGAGACGUUGACGAAGACUGAAUGGGAAGCUAAGGAUACUGCUCUUGAAGCUGAGGCCGGGAAGGGGGAUGCUAGGGGUGAGAAGGAGGGAGCCGAGAUAGAGGAGGGAAAGGAGACGAAGGAGAGCAAAGAGAAGCUGGCUGCGAUUGGGUCGACUAAGAAGAGGAAGGCGGGGAAGGUUGUUGGUGGGGAUGAUGAGGAAGUAACGGCGGAGUCUGAAAAGAAGCCAAUAUCUAAACCUGAAGGCAAGAAAGUGGAGAAGGGGAAAUCUGCAAAAAAGGGAAAGAAGAUCAAACUGAGCUUUGGUGAUGAUGAAUGA